AUGGGUUUCGGCGGUCUCCUAAUGAAGCGUCUGGGUUGGUCACCUGGCCAGGCACUUGGUCCAGCAUUCGUUUCUUCUAACCUCUCUUACUCUCAGCCAAUUGGCCUCCUUGAACCUCUAGCACCUACCAUCACUCCUGCGCACACAUCCCGAGCUGGUCUUGGCUUUUGGGGUCCAAAACGAAUUCGUUUGUCAAACAAAGAUGCACCAAUUUUACCCAGACUCAAUCUCGGCAUUAUCGGGGGAGGGGCGCGAGGGUCAGGAGAGACGUCAAAACAGUCGAGUUCUACUAUCUCCCCUAGAUCUCUUCCGCCGCACUCCUCAGAUCACUUGCCUUUAGCUACAUCCAAUAGUUUUCAUUUUGGCUCUCUUCAUCCUGUCAGAACUGUUAUCCUGACACCGAUUACUUCCUCGUCAUCACGAAGGACCGUCUCUGGAAUAGCCUUUCUCAAGAAGCAUACUAUUUAA